AUGUCUCUACCACUUCCUAACAUAGCACGACCCAUAUCUCACCCAGCGUGCUCGAGCACUUUGUUGGCCACUCGCUCAUACCAGCACUCCGGUCGCUCAUCAGUCGCACGUCGGCGCGUGCAUCCUUGGUUCCGUCGCUCAUCCUCUGUCUAUCCAUUCCAUGUCCAUUUGGUUCCGCUUAUGGUCAUAUUCCGUAUGUUUUCCAUGAUGGACCCUUAG